AUGAAAAAAUGGAAAGGGAAAAGAAGAUGGCACAUAAAUAUUAUUCUGAUGUUCUUCCACCAAUUCUUUGACAGGAUAAAUUAUUCAAUGAGAAACACCUUUCUGCAUGAUCAUUAUAUUUAUUUAAAAUUUAAGAAAAAUAAAAUCAUCGGUUUGUUGUCUAUUAUUAAUUCUUCAGUAUGUUUAAUCAUAACCCCCUUAGUGGGGUAUUACUGUGAUAAGCAUAAAAAUGAAAGGAAAAAAAUUCUGAAAAUUAUAUCCGUAUCAUAUCUCUUAGUUAACAUUAUUCAUUACAUGUUUAUAAGAACCAACAGUUUAGGAUUAAUUAUAUUUGUCACUGCCAUAACCAAGAUGUUACAUGAGUGCUCCCAUGUUAUAACCGAGUCCAUAUUCAUAGAAAGCAUAGAUCGAGGAAAGAAGAGCAUCAUUUUCACAUACCAAAAACUUAUAAGCACUGCAGCUACCAUGCUAGGACCUUUUUUUUGUCUCAUAUUAUUUUAUGUGUAUAACGACAAGUGGAAUAUUAAAAACAUUUUUAUCAUAUUUCAGUUUUCUAUAUUAACAAUUCUCCCGCAAACAUUGAUAAGUUUUCUAUGGCAGAAUAAUAGUAUAGAUCAAAUGAAAAGUCCUGAAGAAAUAGAAUUAAUUACCAAAAAAAAUGACAAAAAACAUAUGUUUUGCUUUUCCACUAAUCAUAUACCAUACAUUGUUUUUGUGUCACAUAUCAUUACCCUAGCAGGAGCAGGCAUGACAUUUAAAUACUUCUCUCUGUUUCUGAAAUCCGAAUAUAAAGUUUCUCCCAUUUUGAUGUGCGUCCUCAACAUUGUUAUUCCUGUCCUCUUAACCUUUUUUACAUACAUCUCGCAAAAACUGUCCAAGUCCCUGGGGAGGGCCCAGGUUUCCCUAUUCUUCACGAGCAUUGGUUUUUUGAGCGUCUUUCAAAAUUGUACCAAUUCUAUAGAUAAAAGUAUUCUGUAUGACUUUAUUGACACGAACCGGUACACAGGGAGAUGGAUGGGUGUACAAAGCUUAUACUACGUCGUUUGGUCUAUCAGCGCUUAUUUUGGUGGAUGGCUUUCCGACAUAACGUCAUACAGAAGCACAUUUAAAAUAACAACUUUUUUUUAUUUGAUAUCAUUGAUAAUAUACUCACCCCUUUUAUGGCUUGUACCUAUUAAAGAAACCAUGUAA